CACAGCAGCGUCCCACAGACAGUCAAAUGGAAUACAUUGAUCAAGUCUGUGACUCGGGGCUGAUUAAAGGGUUAAGGAUGAUAUUUGGCUCCGAGACUAGAUUGUUUUUCUGGAGAAUGAUUGGCUAGGAUAGUUCAGCCUUCCUCCCCUGUGUUUCUAGGAUGAGCCAUCAACACAAUAAAUAGUCUGGAACAUCAGCGAGCGAGCGAGGCAGGUAGAGUCAUGGAGGGCAGCUUGAGCCACUGGCUAUUGGCUUUGCUCCUGAUCACCUUGGUGCAAACAUCACAGACACAGGUUUCUUACUGUAACUCCUCGAUCCCCGACUCCAUCUAUAACUAUGGAGCCACAACGAUUGACGGCCGUCACUACAUCUCCUUCAUGGACUUCAUGGGCAAAACGGUGCUGAUUGUCAAUGUGGCUUCCUACUGAGGGUUAACCGAGCAGUACCUUGAACUGAAUGCACUUCACAAGGAACUGCAACCACACGGUUUUACUAUCCUCGCCUUCCCCUCCAACCAGUUUGGGAAACAGGAGCCAGGCAACAAUAGGGAGAUAUUACUCAGCCUGAAAUAUGUCCGCCCUGGGAAAGGGUUUGUGCCAAACUUUCUGAUGUUCCAGAAGGGAGAUGUGAAUGGUGUUGACGAACAAGAGCAUUAUACGUACCUCAAGAGCGCGUGCCCACCGGUGAGCGAAAGCUUCGGGGAUGCCCACGCAAGGCUGUUCUGGAAGCCCCUGAAGAUCUCGGACUUGAAGUGGAACUUUGAGAAGUUCCUGGUGAGCCCGACCGGACAGGUGAUCAUGCGCUGGAAUCACAACGUUCCUGUGGCAAUCGUCAGGGCCAACGUCAUCUACUACAUGAAAUCCCUGUUGGAAAGAGGUUCGCAAUAACUCCUACUGACAGCCCCCAGCCACAGCUAAAGUCAACUCCAACACCUCAGCUGAGUGACGCCCUGUAACCCCAACAUUGUCUGCUCUCCCCCAAAACUGCCCUGGCCCGGGGGGUGUUAGGAGUUGAGGGUUGGGGGUGGAGGCGGGGGUGUGGCAGGACGUGACAGUGAGGACCAGGCUGUAAAGCAGACCCUGCGGGGCCUGGUCUGAGGCUGGUCUGGGCAAGAGCAGCUCCUUCAGUGCAUUCAGGCUGCCCUGUCCCCCAGGCCACACGCUCCUGCUCCACCACCCCCUCCCCACCCGAGC